UUAGACUGUGAUCUCUGUGUCCUGGGAUUUACCGGUAGAUAUGAGUCCUUGCUCUGGGGAAAUGGGUCUUAAUGCAUGUCAUUGUGCGCAAAGAGUCUUCCCAGAUGAGACUGUGCCGACUGCAGGGACUACACUUUUCACUUUUAUGGAAUUUUUCUCUCAAAGGAAGUCUCUUCUUAGCAAAAAUCCAGGAGGAAAGUGUCGUCCCUGAUUAGCCUGUGUGGACUGUAUAGGCUUAUCUGGGAAAACACUACAUACAUGCAUUAAGCCCUGUUUUCCCAGAGAGUUGCUCGUAUGCUAAAAUGCUCUUAACCUGAAACAAUGCAUUAAACAUUCACUCCGAUUAAUGGUCUAGAAUCUAGUGUUUGUUGUUAUUGAGGAGUAUUUGUUAUGAAGUAAGCCAUGAAGAGGCGUGAGAUCCUGAUACUUGCAUCCUGACAGACCCCUGCAUGAGAUCCCAGGCUCAGCCAUGGCGUAUCUGGGAUACAGCGAAGACUUUGACCUUGAUGACGAUGGAAUACUCCGCGACUCUACUGAAUCUGAACCCCAUUGGAUGGAUGUUAUUAUCGAUAAAAAGACUGGAGGCAUUCUUAUUGAUGAUGACGGAAUAGUGCGUGAUGACUUUGACCUACAUAGUAAGCACGGCAGUUCCACCCACUGGACUGACUCGGGCCUAGGGGGAGACAAGCGUGGCAGCACCCCAUCUACACUACGACAACUGGACUUGCAGUCGUACACAAGCUUUGACGAUGUGUCACGAAACUUGGACGAGAGCCACCUGAAUAUCAGUGACUUUGAAGCCUCCAAGGAUGACAUUAGUUUUGACAAUGAGUUUGAAGACAAACGAGGGAACUCCAAGACGCUGACAAAAGGAAAUAGAAGUGGCUUAAGCAGCAGAAGCAGUUUUGAUCAUUCUUUGAACUAUGAUGACGUAUUUGAUGAGCGUGACGACAAGAGUGAAUCCAAACAGGAUUUAUUUGGUGAGGAGUAUUACAAACAGCUUCAAGAACUUGGUGUGUUAGUAGAUGAAGAUGAUUUCCCUCAGCCCCGGGACUCUCUGCAGGAGUUUGAAACCAUUGAAAGUAACUAUUCUCGAGAUUAUGAUGAUGUAGAAGGUCAUGUUGGUGAUGACAUUGAGCAGUUCUUGCGUACUGAGACUGUCACCCCAGUACGAGGGUCUAUGGACAUUGAAGGACCUGGUGAUGACAGGAGGAGACAAGCGCAGCCAGUGUUUGAAAGCCAUGGAUUUGAGUCUUUUGAGCGCGAUUAUGAAGUAAAUGAAGGUAAAAGAACAAGGCCUAACACAGCUAGUUCAACAAGAACAAUCAGCAGUAGAUCUUUUCCGGAGAUUUCUCCAGAGGAGGCACUUGAAUUGUACACUGAAAGACUGCAUUCUUUGGAUAAUGAUCAGGAUAGUAUUGCCUUCGAACAGACUCAGAGUCAGAGUGAGAACAGAGACAAUGAAGAUGAAAUUUAUUUUGCUGCAAGUCAAGAACAUGAUCCUGAAGAUGAUGAUAACAGCCCAAAGCCUGCCAAGCUUCCAGCUUAUGAUAUUGAGAACAAGCCUUCUAUGACUCCAAAACACAAACAUAGGUCAAGGUCCGCACAAUCCAGUGAUGAAAGUAGGUCAGGGACACCUCAAGGUCAUAGCCAGAGUUAUGAUGUUUCUGACAGAAGUAGAUCCAUAACACCUCAACCUCAAGAGCAAAUCAUGGAAAAUAAUGGUUACCAAAGCAGCGACGACAGGUUUGAUUCUUUUACACAGGUCUCGAGGCUUGACUCCCGGAACAAGACCCAAAAUGAGUCUGACAUGUUUAGACCAGAAUCAGCACUGAGUCAGUUGUCUUCUGUAGCUUCAGAAGGAAGGACAGUGAGGCCCAAGGUGAAACCAGGUCAUGGAAAACCUCCUACCCAACAGAGUAGCAGUCUGUCACAUGCAAAGUCUCAGGAGAGCUUCUUUGAUCUGGAGGCUGGUGGCACCAAAAAGGUGGAAAAAGGUCCAAAGAGACUUUUACCGAAACCCAGUCCUGGGGAGGAAAUUAAUCAAACUAAAAUAAUGAAAAGUAAAAGUGCCUCAAACCUGAACACUUUAGGGCCAGUGAAACCCACCCAUAUGAGUUUAUCUGAAAUACGGAAUAUUAAUAUUGAUGACCCAGAGAUUGACCUUCUGGAACAUGACAAAAGUGACCCAAAAAGUGCUGCUUCUGACGUCCCCAAGGGAGAAUUAACAAAGAAGCUCAAACAGGAGUCAAGUAAACGGCAGCAAGCCACUCAACUUGUGAAGCAGUUGCAAUCAGACUAUGACAAACUGCUGUCAAAGUAUGCGCUAGCUGAGCUCACCAUUGACCAGAUGAGGCUGGGAGCCAAGAUCUCUCUGCAUGCCCAGUCUCCCACCCCCAGUCAGGCCACCAGUGGUUCCCUGCAAUCAGCCCAGCAUUUACACAUGUUACAGUUGACUGGUCCCCAGCGUGGCUCUGUUGUCUCAGCUUCACCACAGCAGGCUACACACAACCACUUCUUUCCAGAGCCACCAGGUGCUGUUGAUGGAGGGGAGGGUCGGACACAGCUGGCUAGGGGCACCUCGCCCGCCCAGCUACCCAGGUCAGACUCCACUAAUAGUAUCGACUCUACGAGCACACCACGUGGAGAGGUAGAGCAGCCAGGGGGCCUUGCCAAUGAUGCAGAAAAAGUCAAACUGGGACUAAUGUUCCAGGCACGCAAUCUUGAUGAACGAAUGCAAUCCUUCCAAAGCCUUCUGGGUGACAACCAGCUGUCCGUGGAGGAACAGGAGACGGUGUUUGACAAGAUCCGUACGGACCAUGAGAAGCUGCGCCGGGACUACCUGCAGUCCAAGGAGGACUACACGGUGCUGCGCCGCUCCACGCCGGCUGGCCUUGAUGUGGCCUUCGACCAGGAGAAGGAACUGGAGGGCCAGCUCUUCCAGAUAGGCAUGAAGUUUGAUGAGAUCCACGAGAAAGUAGACGAGAAUCUGAAAGAGAAGUCUGCCAAACGGCAGCCCUUCCAACAGAAACGCAGAGAGAGUGCUGACUUAAACACCUCAAUGGACGCCGACCCGUCCACUGAGAAUUUGAAAAAGAAGAUUGCUGGUGUGAGUGCAGGAAAUCACAUGCUGGAACCGCGGCGAGAUCCAGUGUUGGAUGACAAGCUGAAGCGUCUCCAUGACGACUAUAACGCCCUGAUGGAUCGGUACCGCAGGCUCAAACAGAUGGCAAAGACUCCUGAACGGGAACAGGAAAUAGACAACCUCGUCAAGAAGCUGCACAUAAUCUGUGAUGAGGAACCAGAUAUUUUCAGACUGCCCAAUGAACUCCUGUCUGGUUACCAAAGUCCUUCUGCGUCACAAGAGCUUAAACAAGAAAAAAAGCAUCAUAUAAAAAACCUCCCACCAACUCCUGCGGCAGAGAAGUCCAGUCUGGAAAACAAGCUAUCUGCAGACAAACGCAAACUACCCGACCCAAAAUUUGAUAAAGGGGCUGAUAAACCCCCUCAGAAAUCUCCAGCUAAAUCCUACGAGAUUUUAACGGCUUCUGAGACCUGGAGUCUGGCUGAGAGUAUUGAACGUUGGGAGAAGACAAAGGAUGGACUCCCUGGAGAGGUCAAACAGAGGUCAAGGUCACAUGAACAGCUCAACACCUCCAUAACCUCCAGCAGGUCAUUCCACAGUGAGAAGGACUUUGAUGGGAGAGAUAAAGGUGAAGGGCGUGUUCCACAGCGUAGUGGCAGUUACAGCAGUGUGUCCAGCAGGGGGCGCCACACUCCUGACUCCCACGGGCCCCACUCCCCCAGCCCCAGCCUGCCCCGACCCCGUCGCCAUGACUACCCUGACAGAGAACGACGGGAGAGGAAUGAUCUGAGGAAGAAGCCUGUGGAGGGAGGCAGUACUACGAGCCUGCAGGACAGUGGCAUCUCUGAGCAUGAGGGUGGGGCAACUGGCUUCUCUGGACCCAACAGCCCCCUCUCCAAGCUGCCAGGUCCUGGGAAGUUCAAGCAGAUGACUGGCCGUCGUGAGGCCGACACGGACAGUGGCUUCAUAGGCUCCAUGGUGGGGUCAGAGGUGAGCGCCGGCAACCUGUCGUCACGGAGACAGCCCCCCCAGUCACCCCUGAGGCUCCGUCAGCCUGGAGACACACCUAGCAACCAGAGCAUUCGAAAGUGGGGAUUGUAUUCAUUUAGUCCUGACUUCAAAUGGCCCAGUUCCCGGCAGAGUUCAAGGUCAGAUGACAGUGCGAGAGUGACGACCCCAAGGUCAGUUGCUUCCUCCAAGUCGUCCAGACGCACACCCACCAAGGCGUUCCCACUAGACACGAGGCCAGGGGAGACCCGGGGGAAGGACGCGCAGGCUAACACUGCUACCCAGGAUGACAGCCAGCCAGCCCGCCAGACAGACAGCAGGACCAAGACUAGGGACCAGAAGGGGAGUCCCCAGCGUCGUCGGGAAAACACAGAUGACAGCUACACGUCCGUGACAGAGAGCGAGAUGAGUUUUGACAUGGAGGGGCGGCGUACGAGCAGACCCAGCAGUCGCAACACGUCCCUGAGGAACAUUGAGAAGAUAGCUGAGGAUAGCGAGGAAGAGGGAUAUUCAUUGGAUCCGACCUUGAAUGAAACCACCGAUAUUAAUAUGUCGUGGAUCACGUCUGAUUCUGAUCGACCAAAUGUUAAGCAAUCCAGAAAACUCGAGGUUAAGCAGACCCCUAAGAAAUCCCAGGAUGCCGCACCAAGGCAGGGGUCAAAGGUCAUUCAGCAGCAGGCAAGGGGUCAGGUCAAUAACAAGGGUCAUGACCCAAGGAGAUUGCGGGAGACAACUGAUGAUGACACAAGUUUGACAGUGUCUCCAACACGAGAUACGACAAGGGAUGUAACUCAGGACACUACAGCCGAUACAUACACAUCUGAUGAAACUACGCCGAGAUCUGUGAUAGAGCGUGAGAGACGGCAGGUGAAGCAGAGGGAUCAGGCCCCGCCUGCUGAAGACGGCCCCCUGAAACCUGGCCCCUCCCCUGCCACCCAGGCACCCCCUCCUGAGAGAACCAUCACACCUGUCAAGGCAAAGAAAUCUGAAAUGCAUCCUAAGAAGCUUCAUAACAGCAGCCUAGAGGUACCCCCAGCAGUGUGCGCAGGCUUGGUGCAGCAGCCUGUGAUGACGCAACCCAAGUAUGUGGACCGCAGCAUUGGCUCCGGCAGUGAGGAGACUAUCCUGGCAUCGGAUGCUGAGACUGCCGCAACCAGCGCCACAAGAGACUCUGUCAACAGUGCGAGACUGAAGAUGUUGUCGUCUGAGAUAGACAAGUUGAGGGAGGAGUUUAUUCGUGCCAAUCAAGAGAGGAGCUCAGCCCCCCAGCAAGUCCCACCCCCCGCACCACCAUCUCAGGCACAGGGCCAGUAUUAUGACCAGUAUUUUGACCCCACCGAGGACCCCUUGGCCUUCAUGAGGGGGCCACGACGGAGAGCCAACUCAUUCUCUGGACAUGGAGGUCGUGACUGGGACUAUGAUUGGACGCUACCCAACGUGAACAGAGACGGGGAUAUCCCACUGGGUUAUGCUGCAGCAGACGCGUUUGCCUCACCACGGCAACGGCACAAACACAAGCGCGAUGAGGCCAAUCAGGAACAGCAGGCAGCUCGGGGUCGACAUAGACUGAGGCGCAAGAUUGGUCUGCGGAAUGCUGGUAUCCAGCCCCAGGGUGAGCCCCCUGUGGAGCAGUCCCCGGCCCUUGGCCCUCAGGAGGAGGCUCCCCAUGGGGCAGCAGGGGUACAGGGGCAGUAUGGGUACUACACACAGCAGACAGAUGGGACAGAUCGCCAUCCUCAGGGGCGCCGUGUGUUUGGUUCCCAGCCCAAUCUUGCGUUCUCUGGGUACCAGCCCCCUCCUGCACCCCGGUCCACUGGAUCUGGCUCUACCAAGUCUUCCACCGCCCCCGCAGCCGCAGCCAGGCCCCUCAGACAAAGUCUGUAUUCAUAUGCUGCCAAUCCAACACAAAAUAGGGCGCCACAGUAUCAGGACGGGUUUUACCCGUCGCGUAUUCCAUUCAGUCAGCGCCAGUAUGCCAACGAUGAUAUUCGAGUCAGUGACGGACAGACGAGAUUCAUUCCCCAUGGUGCUAGUGAGGCCCAGAAUGACUAUGGUAGCCAUGGUAAUGGAGGGGUGUACACGUCCACCUGCCCGCUGUGUGGCAGCUCCAGCGCUCACUCCCAUGGGGACUACCUGUAUCCUCCCCCAGACACACGCGUACCUAUAGGAUACCUGGUUAAUGAUGGCAGUGAUAUGUACUUUUCACCAUCUCACCAUGAAGGGGUAGGCACGAGGUCACGAGCAAGGUCAUUUGGCAGCUCAGGUCGUAUACGCCACUACUCCCCUGAUGGGCGGGUGAGGAGCAGGUACUUUGUGCGGGAGUUUGGAGAUGUCUCCAGUGACAGUGCGGGGUCAGAGGCGGAGGAGGACAUACCCCGAACACGGAGUCGCAGUGUGGGUCGUCGGCGACGGCCACAUCAGGGCAGGAAAUACCGGCGCGUGAGAGGGGAAGAUGAGUAUGAGAGUGACAGGGGGUUCAGCAGCGGCAGCCUCUCAUUGAAAAUGAAACCAGCAAGUCGCACAAAGUCUCAGCGAAAUCUUCAUCUGGUUGUAAAGGGAGAGAACAAAGCCACUUCUGCUGCGGGUGAGGAUGAUUUGAACCGAUCUUUGCGAUUGGUCAACGAGAUAGAUCAGCUGACCAGUAAGAUGAUGGACACUGUCAACGGAGAGCUAUCAAGGUCGCGACGUAUCAAAGACUUUGGUUCCUCUGUGUGGUAAUGUGCCGCCACACCUGUAGGACACCUGCACAAGAGAUGACAAGGACGAUGCAGUCAAAUGAGUGAGGAGACAGGAGGGCCUUUUUGGCGUCAGUUUUUAAACGUGUAGGUGAUGUGAUGGCAACAAAUGGAAAAUGAAACACAAUACUUGUUGAUUGCAAGAAAGAGAUAAUGAAGACUCAGAGAGAUUUAUUAGUAAUUAAUAUCAUAGUGUAUGUUUCCUUGGAUAUACAGAGCUUACAUGGAAGUCUUGUUAAUCCUAAAAGCUUAUGUUGUCAUGUGUCUGAACUAUGGAGACUAACAUGGAGUUGUCUGUGAACAUGAACACUUGCAUGUGGUUUGGGGGAUCGGGGAAAUGUUUUAACUAAUAGGUUGCAUUUAUAUCCAGAAGUACAUGUAAUUGUAUACAUAUACAUUUUUAUCUGUAUAUUACACCUCAGUUAUCCAUAUUGGUUGCAAUACUUUCUCAUGAAAAAUUCUUUAUAUGCAUGAAGAACAUUCCAAAGUUAUUGGCAUUUAUUAUUUCGAGUUGUUAUUUAAAGCAAUAACAUAUCUCAUCUUGUCUGUGAUCAAGUCUACAUUUUACUUCUGAAUUUGUUUUUUAUUAUGCUUUACCCGUGUUUUAAAGUAAAGUGGGGUAUUCGUCUCUACUGUGACAAGUUCUAGUUUUAGGUGUUGCUAAUAUCAUAUUGGAUUGUUUUUUUUUAUUUUUAACACGUACUUUAGUUUGAAAACAAUUAUUACUGUCUUGUAAUAAAAGUGUAUUUAAAUGUGAAAUUCAUUUCAAGAUAAUGUUUGAUAAAUGUCUGACCGUCCAGAUUUUAUAUAAAUGCAUCCUUGAUAUUUAUUAAAUUGUUUUUAAUAUAGUUUUAUUUUUUAUUUAUUUUUUGUACCAUUGUGUAUAAGUGUACUAGGUGUCUUGAAAUGGAAUUUUCAGCAAAAAUACCUGUACAUAUAUAUUUUUUAUAGGUGAUACUUUCUAUAGAAGCCAAACAAAAGUUUGUUAUGUAUUAUUUGUAAUCGACAGGAUAUUAUGCAUUUCUUGUCUCAGAAGAAACAGUGUCUUAAGCUUUCUUUCAACGAAAUAUUUCAGUAGGAUUUACCCCUUGAUUCAUACUAUAUUAGUAUUUGAAUGGAAAUUAUUGUGUGCAUAAGAUAAAGAUCUGGGUUUAUGUGUUGUUCCGGAAUUCUUAGCUAUGUAUAUUUCUAUAAUAAACAAUUUUCUCAAUUUUAGCUUCUCAAAUUGGUUAAUAUAAUUGCUUUUUACAUUUUAACUUACAUCGUUUUUUAUUCAAGACAAAUUUUAACUUAAGAUUGUUGAUAUGUGUUGGGGCCUGUGAUAUACUGUGUACAAUACAUUGUUAUUCGAAGACUGUUGUAUACCAGACACAUAAUCAAAAAAAUGCUGUGUAACAUUUGUGAAACUGCCUAAGUUUUUGUUCUUUCAACUUGAAGAAUUUUGCCACUCUAGAGGCCACAUUGUUCAUCCCAUCUUGGUCAGAAUGUUUAUAUGUAAAUAUCUAGGCUUAGUUUGAAGCUGGGUCAUAUGCAUCGACAAUCUACGAAACUUGGUUACAGCUUAGAAAACUGUGUUACCACUCUAGAUGCCACAUUUAUGACCCAAUCUUGAUGAAACUUUGUCAGAAAGUUUAUUUUGACAAUAUGAGGGCUGUUUUUGAAUCUGGGUCAAAAGCUAGAUCAUCAGGUGAAGACUUCAACAAUUGGUGGCCAUAAACUUGUGCAUGCACCAUAGGGCCAUUAUGAAACUAUCGUUUAAAUAAUCAUUUUCGAAUUAACACACCAUUAAACUACAUGUAAUCCUUUAUCAUAUUUGUAUUUCAAAUAUACAGUAUAUAAUCCGGUGUCUUCACACUUAGGACAGCUUUAGCCACUGCUCAUUUUUAACUUAAAAUAUUUUUAUGUUCGGUUGAGACAUAUAAAGAGUAGAUAAUAUUAAAGUUAGUUAAUUAUAUAUAUUUUGAAUGUUUGUGGUUUUAAACUUGAAGCACAUGUUAAAUGACAGUGGAAUUUUUAGUGUAAAAAAACUGUUGUAACAAUUGUGCUAUUUAUGUGCAAAUUUUGCUUAAAAUAUUCUUAGACUUAAAAUCAAAAUAUAUUUAUGCACUGCUUUUUUACAUGUAUUUACAGUAUUUGAUAGCUAUUUAUUGAUAGUUUGUGAUAUGUCGUUUGACAUUGGUAUUAAAGCUGUGUGAUAUUUUAAUAUUAAUCAUGUACAUUUUCUAUGAAAUAAAUGACUAUACUAAAUGA